AUGCUGGUCUCUCUGCUGGGCUACACCGGCUCUGAGGAUAAAGGUCUUGUCCUCCUGCCGACAGAGGAGGCUGUGCAGCUGCUCCUCAAGUUUGGGAUGUCAGGUUCAAAGAUCCUGCUGUUUCUGAAGAGCCUGUCCCGUAGGAAACCUCUGGAGCCUGAAGGAGAGGUGUCCAACUUCCGCCGAUGCCUGACUACUCUCGACCUGGUGGCCCUGGGGGUCGGCAGCACACUGGGGGCCGGUGUGUAUGUGCUGUCGGGAGAAGUGGCCAGAACUGUGGCCGGCCCGAGUAUCAUAAUCGCCUUCCUGAUAGCAGCCGUGGCCUCCGUCUUUGCGGGACUUUGCUAUGCUGAAUUUGGAGCCCGUGUUCCCAAGACUGGCUCUGCCUACCUCUACAGCUACGUGACCGUGGGCGAGAUAUGGGCUUUUAUCACCGGCUGGAACUUGUUGCUGUCCUAUGUCAUAGGGACGUCGAGUGUUGCCAGAGCAUGGAGUGGGACCUUUGAUGAUCUCAUUGGAAAUGUCUUUGCCAAAACUCUGGGCAAACAGGCUGCGAUGAAUUUUCCUGGAUUAGCUCCCUACCCAGACUUCUUUGCAGCAGGCCUCAUAAUGCUAUUGGCAGGGAUUCUUGCAUUUGGCGCUAAAGAGUCAGCUGUUGUGAAUAAGGUUUUUACAGCAGUGAACGUCCUGGUGUUGCUGUUUGUUAUCGUCACUGGAUUCAUUAAGGGGGACAUCAACAACUGGCAACUUGGUGAAGAAUCUCUGCUUAAUCCAUUUGAAAACUACACAUCGCUGAACGACACCGCCAUAUUUGGCAGUGGAGGAUUUUUCCCCUUUGGCUUUGAGGGGACAUUAGCAGGAGCAGCCACAUGCUUUUAUGCAUUUGUUGGAUUCGACUGCAUUGCCACAACAGGAGAGGAGGUUAAACACCCUCAGAAGUCGAUCCCACUCGGCAUUGUGGCGUCACUCCUCAUCUGCUUCCUAGCUUACUUUGGUGUGUCUGCAGCCCUGACUCUCAUGAUGCCGUAUUAUCUGCUCAGUGUUAACAGCCCCUUGCCGGUGGCCUUUACAUACAUUGGUUGGGGCCCUGCAAAGUAUGUCGUGUCGGUGGGAUCUCUCUGUGCUCUGUCAACAAGUCUACUGGGAUCAAUGUUCCCGAUGCCCCGCGUUCUCUUUGCCAUGGCCAGAGACGGACUUCUUUUCAGCCCUCUCAGUAAAAUGAGUGAAAGACAAAGUCCUGUUAUAGCGACUCUGGUCUCAGGUGUUGUAGCAGCGAUCAUGGCUCUGUUGUUUGACCUCAAGGCGCUGGUUGACAUGAUGUCAAUUGGAACACUCUUUGCCUACACUCUUGUUGCCAUAUGCAUCCUAAUAUUAAGGUACCAAGCAGACCUCAGCGAGGACAGCAAACCAGAACCCUUUACGGUUAAUGGGAUAUUAUUUCCUCCUUCACAAGCGACUUCACGGACAUCAGAAAAUGUGUCAGUCUUAACUGUUUUUAUGAUCUUUUUAGCUAUCAUCCUAAGCCUCGUCAUAAAUAGAGCUGUGGACUCCCUGCAGGCCUUGGAGUGGUGGAGUUUACUUUGUGUCUUUAUCAUCGCACUGGUAUUCGUCUUCAUCACACUGGUCAUCUGGAGGCAUCCACAGAACUCGACCAAAGCUGCUUUCAUGGUUCCUUUUGUUCCGCUGCUUCCUAUUUUCAGCACCUUAGUCAAUGUCUAUCUUAUGGUUCAACUUGGAUCAGACACAUGGAUUCGCUAUGCAGUGUGGAUGGCAGUAGGUUUAAUCAUUUACUUCUGUUAUGGUGUUCAGCACAGUGUGCAGAAACAAAGGCUCCAAAACUCACAGAACCACGUCAGUAUUCACAGCAUCAACACCACUAUGGACCAACGCUUUGAUCCGGGACAAGACUUUAAUGACUAAACCAUAGGACACCUUUUGAUUUUCUGAUAUAAGCACAAGUUGGAGUAUCAUCGAGCAUCGAACUAAACAUUUUCUUUUGAAAAAGAACUUGGCCAGUGUGCAUAAAUGACCAUAACGUGUUUGUUUUAUGAAUUCUGAGAGUUAAAAAAAUGGAGCAUUUCAGUCACAACCUCUGACCUAUUGUUUUUAUCUUGUUUUUUUGUAAUUUUGAAUGUCUAGGAAAGUUUUUGGGUGCAUUUAGAUUGAAUUUUAAUACAAUAAGAAAUGCAAUCAACCACAAACCGCAAAAUUAAUACAAUUUUAAUAGACAUUAAGCAGGGAUUAUUCAUCCCUCACUGAGGGCGAUACCUCUUGGUUUUUCUCAGUAUUAAUCCAGGUCCAGGUACAAACUAGUAUACAUAAAUAGCACUGACAUUAUCUCUGCAUGAAGCUCUUCUUCUUUUGGUUUACUGAUUUACGUAUAAACAUUGAUUAACAACAAUUGAUAAAGAGGUAAACCCCUGUGUAGUUUCAUUAUUUUUGCAAUCAAUGUACAACAUUUGGUCAAAGAAAUUAUCAUUUUUGAGUUUUCUGCAUUUCCUCAUUUGGUCAAAACUCACAAUUACCUCACAUUUUGCUCAUGUUCUUUUUUACAUGUUUUUUUAAUGAAUAAUACACAUUACAUUACUAUAGGCAGGAUUUUUCUUCU